GGGACUGCCAGGAUUUUCCAGCCCAUGAAAGUUACAUUUACACAGAGACCUCACAAUGGCAGAACGUGUCAAUAACUUCCCACCUCUGCCGAAGUUUUUGCGAAUUAAACCAUGUUUCUACCAAAAUGUAGACGAGGAUAUUCCUCAACAACAUCGUCAAAUUGUUCACAGAAUUUACAAGCUUUGGAUGUUGUACUCAAUUAUACUCUGCAUCAACCUGGUGUCUUGCAUAGCCUGGUGGGCUGGUGGAGGUAGUGCAGUUAACUUUGGGCUUGGUCUUCUCUGGCUGGUGCUUUUCAGCCCCUGCAGUUACACCUGCUGGUUCAGGCCUAUUUACAAAGCAUUUAGGGCUGACAGUUCGUUUAACUUCAUGGCAUUCUUCUUCGUUUUCUUUCUUCAAUGUGUUCUUGCUUUUAUUCAGACCCUUGGCAUAAAUAACUGGGGUGCAUGUGGCUGGAUAGCAACUGUGCUCUUUUUUAGCACUAACGUGGCAUCCGCUGUGAUAAUGCUCAUCUCAGCUGUUCUGUUCACAUUUGUCACUGUGCUUAUGGUAGUGGUCCUCAUCAGGGUUCACAGGUUCUACCGUGGUGGUGGAGGCAGCUUACAGCGUGCCCAGGAUGAAUGGAGCACAGGUGUAUGGAAGAGUGCUCCUGUAAGAGAAGCUGGCUUCAAUGCCAUUGUUGAGACUGGCCCCAGUCUCCCCCAGUAUCCUGCUUCUGUGCCCAGUUAUCCUGAAAACAGACCUUGGUGAUAAACCACUGCAGACUGCAGAUGAAGUCCACUGUCAUCUCAUGACUUUUUUUGCCAUAAUGUGAAAGACAUGACUGAAAUUAGAGUUGGGCGAUAUCAUUAUGGCUAUAAAUUUAAUCUGAGUACAUUUAUAACAUGAAUGGAAAAUUCAUGUCCAAUACAUUGGUUUCACAUACUGUUAAUUAGUCAUGCCUAGUGCUUACAGUAGAGAUCUGUACAAUAUUUUAACUUAUUUCUUUUUGGUUUGGAAAUGGAAAUGUGCCUCAUCUCUAGCCAAAGUCAGAAAUGUGCCAUACAAAACAUAGCCAACCACGGUGUAGAUGUUGCUUGAUUUGAACCUGUAUUUCACUGUUUCACUACAUAAUUAACACUUGUUAACACUUUUAUUUAAAUUAAUAAUAGUUAUGUAUGUCUGUUAAACUAUACUUUGCCUGGGACUCACCUGGAGGACUGUGCCAACUUCACCUCAGUUAGACAACUAUAUAAGAUAAGGAACAUGAUUUGAACACUAGUAUAUUUAGGUUAAUUAAUUCAUAUUUUCACACAUAAGUUCACACAUAUUUUCCAUGAUGCUUUAAAAUGAACCUCAUUUGAUUUGAUGUUCCAUAAGCAGCAGUAGCUAGCUUAUUAUAUCUUAUUGUCACUGGUGACAAUAUUUUUUUCAGAAAUAAUAGACAAAAAUAAGGUUAUCUUGACAUUUUUGGCAAGACAUUUCAGUUAUCGCCCAGCUCUAAGUGCAAUUUUGACUUAUAUGAAUUACAAGUCUUACAUUUAUCAGAAACUAAUAUGUGUGCCAUUUAUAAGACCUCUUCUUUAUUGAAAGCAGAUAUGCUUAGGUGUGAGGACUGCAUGAUUUGCAAGUUGACAGUGCAGUCUUUUUAUCUGCUUUUCAGAAUGUCUGCUUGAUCUCUAAAAUGGAGAUACUAUCUCAGUUUUCUAUUGUGUGCAUGUAACACUAACAAAACAUUUUAUUUAUGUAGUGCUUUUCAAUAACCCAAAGAUGCUUGUGUAAAGAACGAUCAUUCCAAGUGCUUGAAAUUUCUGCAGUUUUGAAAGUAGAUAUGACUUCUUUUAUUUUAGUUUAAUGUUGUUUUUAAGGUUUGGACCAGAAUACCACUGAUUUUGAUUACAAAUUUACAUUCCUCUAAAAGUAUUUCAUCAGUCUUAAUUUAAAUGUGAUUUUGUUUGGAGAGAGGUGCCAUUACAGAGUGCCAUAUUUAAACCAUCAUUAUUGCAGGGCUUUUAACUGCAGGACAUGAAAGGACUGGACUUAAUCUCUGGGCUCAGUUCAUGUACAGUACUGCAUUACAUAUGUUAGAUAAGAUUGUAAUCGCAUAAAAACUGACGAUGUCUAGCUUGUAAAAAAAAUAAAAAAGCUUAUUUUUGAA